UUCACUUCAACUUGAAGGAGAAGGAUAUUCCUUUUUUUCUUCUUCUUCUGCAGGAAAUCACAUGGAGGUGCCAUCGCACUCACAUGACAAUCUGAACUAUGGAAGGGGACAUCAAUGAAGGAUCAGUCCCAUCAUACUAUCGAGAAGUACAUCAAGCCAUCUGCUGCAGAAAUGAUGAACGAGUGCAGAUCAAUGUAUUCCAGAGGCUUCUCAGCAGAACCGCUCUCUCUGUCACAGUUCAGAACCAGAUAACUGAACAUGUAAACAGUGGCGAUGGGUUCCUAAGCAAAGUAUUGCUGUAUAAAGGCUUGGCUCUCAUUGCCUUUGCCCAGCAAGGAAAGCCACCAAGUCCCAAACUGUUAGAGAAUUUCAUACAAGAGUUCCCCAAGCCUCAGCUAGGAGAGCCGAAGGAGCUGCAGAGUCUGAAGUUGCAGUUGGCUCAAGAAAAUCCUUUAAUGUUGUCUUUGACUCUGGCGGAUCUGUUGAGUAAGGACACCAUCAAGGUUGAACUCAUCCCUGAGAAAAAGGGAUUGUUUCUUAAACAUGUGGAAUAUCAAGUCACUAGUGAGCGUUUUAAAGUGUCAGUCUAUCGACGAUACAGUGAUUUUUAUGUCUUCCAUGAGCUCCUACUCCAGAGAUAUGCUUACAGAGUCGUGCCUGCACUGCCUCCCAAAAGAGUGCUGAAAGGAGUCCUGACCUCCAUGUCAGAACAAGAGUUCAUCGAAGGGCGGAGACGUGCUCUGGGCAGGUUCCUGAAUCUUGUGGCAAGACACCCUUUCUUUUCCGAGGAUGAACUGGUGAAGACAUUCCUCAUCUUUAACGGCUCGGAUGUGCAAACUAAGCUUCGAGAUGCUUGCAAAAAAUUGGGCGAUGAGUUUAUGACAUGCAAACAUGCAAUGCAGGUCAAGGAUUACCUUCCUGCUGAUAUCCAGGUUCAGUUUUCGUCCAGCAGGGAGCUGAUCAGAAAUAUCCAUAACGGUUUUCAGAAGUUACGGGACAGGGCAGAGAGAAUGGCCGAGCGCUCGAUGGAGAACGCCAUAGAUCUGCAAAUGUUUGGGAAGGAGCUCAGUUCUUUGGGAUCCAAUGAGUCACCUGUGCCUGUCCUGACCUCCUGCAAGAGUCCAUGGAGUGCUCUCAGACACUCUGUCAAAGGCCUCUCAAUUGAGUUCUCACUUCUGUCUGAAAAAGCUGUACAACAGGGCAGAAGAGAGGUGGAUGAUGUGGUGGAAAAAUUAAAUCUGUUCCUGGACUUGUUGCAGUCAUACCGGGACUUGUGUGAGCGGCAUGAGAAGGGGGUCUUGCAAGAGCACCAGCGAGCACUACAGAAGUACGGCAUGAUGAAGAGACAAAUGCUGAGUGCCACAGUACAGCCUAAAGAACAGCUUUCUGUUGAACAGCUGGAGUCCCGCAUCGUGCAGCAAGAGAAUGCUAUUCAAGCGAUGGAGCUGCGCAACUACUUUUCCCUGUUUUGCCUGCACCAGGAGAGCCAGAUUAUCUUCACAUAUCUGCCCAUCACGUCUCACAUCCUGGGGGCAUUUGUCGACUCCCAAGUGCAGGGACAUAAAGAGAUGGGUGAGGUGUGGCAAGACCUUCAUUCCAAGCUUAAAAGUGUUUUUAGGGACAGUAACAGACUUCAGUCUCCACCUCUCAGCCCAGAAUAGCCCCACACUACUGUGCCUACAGAAUAAAAUGAAGAUUUGAACUGCACUACACACAGUUGAACAAUGUUUAACACACUACAAUGCCAUGCAAAGAAUUAUGAGAAAACUGCUUCUUGCUGAAUGUUUAUGUGGCAGACCUGAAUGUCAUUACAAUUUGAAGAGUUCCCUUAAUUUCCUUCAUUUUGAGCAAACUGACAAAUGAUGAAAUGGUCUGCUUAUAUAGUGCUUUUUUAACCUUAGCAGUUUUCAAAGUGCUUUACACUGUGACUCAUUCACACACACUCACCAAUGAAGGCAGAGUUGCCAUGCAAGGUGCUAGCCUGCCAUUGGGAGCAACUUGGGGUUCAGUGUCUUGCCCAAGGACACUUCAGCAUGUGGAGUCAUGUGGGCUGGGAAUUGAACCACCAACCCUGCAAUUAGUGGCCAACCCGCUCUACCACCUGAGCCACAGCCACCCCAUAUACCAUAUACACUGAUGAGACAAAACACUGUGACCACUCACAGGUAAGGUGAAUAAUGUUGAUCAGCUCCUAACAAGGCCACAUGUCAAGGUCUGGGUAGAUUAGAUGGUAAGUCAACAAUCAGUUCUCGUAGUCAACGUGUUGAAUGCAGGAGAAAUGGGCAGGAGUAAAGACCUGAGCGACUCUGACAAGGGCCAAAUUGUUAUAGCCUGACGACUAAGUCAAAGCAUCACUGAAACGGCAAGGCUUGUGGGGUGCUCCUGGUCAGCAGUGGCGAGUACCUACUGACAGUGGUCCGAGGAGGGAAAAAUCACAAACCAGUGACUGGGUGCUGGGCCCCCAAGGCUCAUCAAUGUGCGAAGGCUAUCCCGUCUGGUCUGAACUGACAGAAGGUCUACUGUGGCACAAGUCACAGAAAAGGAAUAUGUCACAACACACAGUGCAUCGCACCCUGCUGCGUAUGGGGCUGCAUAGCUGCAGACCGGUCAGAGUGCCCAUGAUGAUCCCUGUACACCGUCGAAAGCCUCUACAAUGGGCACAUUAGCAUCGGAACUGGACCUUGGAGCAAUGGAAGAAGGUUGUCUGGUCUGAUAAGUUCUGUUUUCUUUUACAUCACGUUGACGGCCAUGUACAUGUGAGCUGUUUACCUGGGGAAGUGAUGGCACCAGGAUGCACUAUGGGUAGAUGACAAGAUGGUGGAGGGAGUGUGAUGCUCUGGGCAAUGUUCUGCUGGGAAACCCUGGGUCCGGCCAUUCAUUUGGACCUCAAUUUGACACGUGCCACCUACCUAAACAUCGUUGCAGACCAGGUACACCCCUUCAUGGCAAUGAUAUUCCAUGAUGGCAAUGGCGUCUUUCAGCAGGAUAAUGCGCCCUGCCACACUGCACACAUGGUUCGGGAAUGGUUUAAGGAACAUGAUGAAGAGUUCAAGGUGUUGCCCUGGCCUCCAAAUUCCCCAGGUCCCAAUCUGAUUGAGCAUCUGUGGGAUGUGCUGGACCAACAAGUCUGAUCCAUGGCGGCUCCACCUCGCAACUUACAGGACUUGAAGGAUCUGCUGCUAAUGUCUUGGUGCCAGAUACCACAGGACAACUUCAAGGGUCUUGUAGAGUACAUGCCUCGGCGGGUCAGUGCUGUUUUGGUGGCACUCAGAGGACCAACAGCGUGUUAGGCAGGUGAUCAUAAUGUUUUGGCUCAUCUGUGUAUUUUUUAACAUGUACUAUGGUAUUCUUUGAAGUGCCUAGGAUGAGCUUAUAAAUACCAUGGCACAUAAAUAUGGUAAUCAUUCAGUACCAUGGUAUAAAUCAAAGUAUCGGAUUCCAUUAGUGUACCAUGGUUACCCCCACAUGUAAGGGUUAUGGAUAAACACUGUAUUUUGUGACAGUGUUUUACUGUAUGCAAACGUUCAAUGUAGUAUAAUGUGACAAAGCUAAAGCUGCUGUUUUGAAAUGCAAUCUAAUCUGGAAGAGAAGGAAUUGCACACUAUAGACAGCAUUACACAUGAAAAAUUACUGGUAACACUUUAAAAUAAUGUUCCAUUCGUUAACAUUAGGUAUAAUGAACAAACAAUGAACAAUGUAUUAUUUACAGCAUUUAUUAAUCUUUUUAAAUGUUAGUUAAUAAAAAAUACAAUUGUUCCGUGUUAGUUCAUGUUAGUUUAUAGUGAAUUAAGUAAUGUUAACAUAUACAACUUUUGAUUUUAAAAAUGUAUUUGUAUAUGUUGAAAUUAACAUUAAUUAUGAUUAAUAAAUGCUGUGAAAGUAUUGUUAGUUCAUGUUAACUAGUGUUACCAAUUGGAACCUUAUUGUAAAGUGUUACCAAAUUACCUAUAAAGAUAUGCUAUCUUAAUUGAAACAUCAAAAUUGUCCUCAGGAUAUAUCAAUAGCCUCCUAACCUGUGGUUAGGAAACAAAAAAAUAAAGAGAGAUUAUAUUAUUAGUUAAACUGACAUUGAGAUAUUUAUGCCAUUAUAAGAUGAUCUAUUGUCAUUUUUUUUUCUUUUAAUAAUGUCAAACUUGCACUCCAUUAAAUCAUAUUCUUUUGAAGUUUGAUGAUCUCAUUAGGUCAUAUCACGAUUCCUGUCUUUCCACCUGCAAAUUUAAGACCUCUUUAAACUAUAAUUAAGACUUUUGUUGUAUCAUCUAAGAUACUUAAGACUUUUUAUGACUUAAAAUUUUGGAAAACUGAAUUUCAGACAUUUUAAGGAUCUGCAGGAACCAUGUACAUCAUUUAUUUCAAGAUUCAACUCUGCCACCUGCUGGCAGUUCAUGCUAAUGCACGUUUGAGUACCUGUUGAGUGUUCUUGAUUUAGGGUUUUAGAUUUUCAUUUAUAACAUUUUCUGUUAGCCUGUGUACUACCAGAUGUAUUUAUUAUAAUGUAUAUUUUAUACAAUAUAAUUGAUUCAUAUUAUGCUGUCAGAUUUUCCCCCAGUUAUGAAUAUACUGAUGCACAAAAUGUAUUUGUUAAUCAUUUAAUUUUAAAAGUAUAAAUGCACACAAAAGUCAGAAUAUUUAAUGAAACGAUUUGACUUUCUUCAAAUAUGUUAUUUAGAAUACAUUUAAGUUGUAAGAAAGGUAUAUUCUUGAUGUGCAGUAAUGUUGGUAAACACACACACACACAUAUUGGAAACACUUUACAACAAGGUUACAUUUGUUAAUAUGAACUAACAAUAAACAAUAAUUUUACAGCAUUUAUUAAUCUUUGUUGAUGGUAGUUUCAACAUACAGUAAUACAUUUUUAAAUCAAAAGAUGUAUAUGUUAACACUAGUUAAUGCACAUGAGCUAACAUUAACUAACAAUGAACAAUUUAUUAACUAACAUUAACAUAGAUGAAUAAAUUCUGUAAAAAUGUAAAAAAAAUUCUGUAACUAAUGUUAACAAAUUAAACCUUAUUGUAAAAUGUUAGCCAUAUAUUGCAUAUUAAUUUGUAAGCAUAUUGUUGAUCCCCUGUACCAAUAUAUGGACAUACGUAGACAUAAUGUCAUCAAAAUAGAGAUGAUAUCAUGUUUGAUCAGUAGGAUAUCACCAUACUUUGAAUAAAAUUAUGAAUGGCACAUCCAAAAAUAUGGACAACAUGUGAAGGAACUUUUCUCAUAAAAUAGUAAUUUACACAAAAACUGCAUAUUUAUGCAUGUGUCAUAAAGCACUGGAUAUUUUAGCAGAUCUCACAUAUCAUGGCAUAUCCAUGCAGCACAUUUCCCCAGUAGUGUGACAACCAGCCCAUGCCAGAUCAGUUCGACUGAUACAGUGACACUGUCCAUCAGUGAUUUUAAAAAUCCUCAAAGGUCGUCCACCUCCUCCAGUUUAUGCUCCACUGUCACAUCAUGACCCUGGAAUUUAAAAUAUCCUAAGAAUUUCUUUUUCUGAAGCAUCAGAGGAACCACAGAACAUCAUCUACCCACAUCUGGCUGAAAGGUAUUUUAUCUGUGUCAAACCACUUUGGUAUCAUCUCUGAAAAAGAAAACAAAUUGUCUCAGUGGUACAUUAUUAGUUAUUAUUACCUUUUGUUACGGUAUAUGUCUCAAACUGGAUAAAAAAAGUGAAGUGGAGCUGCGUUACCAUCUGAUUCUGUUGGUUCUCUUUUAUAAGUGUCAGCUCUGAAAAUGUGAACAUCCAGCAACUAUGUUUCCCCAAUAAACUCAAAUUUGAUAUGUCCAA